GAACCGGCCUGUCCAGGUGCGGCCCCUCCCCGUGUGAUGUCACGGCGAGGCCACGCCCACCCUGCCCCUCCCCCACCUGCAGUCGCGCGAUCGCAGCCGGGGGGAGGUGGGGGAGGGGGAGCUCCGACCUCUGACCCCCCCAGACGGUGACCUUUGACCCCCCUCCCGCCAUGGUGCAGCACGGGGCGGGAGAGACCCCCCCGGACCCCCCCGGGCGGGGAGAGGAGGAUGGCGGGGUCCUGGACGCGACGCGGGGGCUACAGGGGCUGAACCUGCAGGAUGAGGAAGGAAAAGGGGGCGGGACCCCCAAAACGGGGGAGCUGGGGGCGGCGAUGACGUCAUCAGGGACCGCCGUGACGUCAGAGACCAUGACGUCAGAGACCGCCGUGACUCCGGGGGGGCAGUUGAUGUUCUCCCACUGCACCGACCGGCGCUGGAUCCUCCUGGGACCCCCCUGCGACCCCCCCCGGGUGCUCGCCCUGCGCAGCUCCGUCCAGGGUGCCAUCGGGCUGCAAAGGGCCGACAGCCUCCCCCGGCGGCGGGGGGGGGACCGGGGGGGAGCCCCCCAAACCCCCCGGCCCCGAUCCCACCAUGGCCACGGAACGCUGGCGCUGCACCUGGACCCCGAGUCCUACAGCGCGUGCCUGCGCCUGGCGGAGCUGGAGCGGAGGGUCCGCGAGGCCUUGGCCGAGCGCGAGCGGCUCCUGCGGGCCCGGGAGGCCCGAAGAGCUGCCAAAGCCCCGCCCACCCCGACUGAGGCCCCACCCACCCCGACUGAGGCCCCACCCACCCCAACCGAGGCUCCACCUCCUCCAAAAUCCGUCACGCCACCUCCAGCCCCAGCCACGCCCCCUCCUGAGCCGGACCUGCUCUGUGCCCUGCGGGCCCGGGGGCACCGGCCCGAGGCUGUUGGGGGGCUGUGGGUGCUGGGGGGGUCCCUGAGGGGGCCCCUCACCAAGAUGGGGGGACGCAUCAAGACCUGGAGGCGCCGCUGGUUCCACCUCGACCCCCACAGGAGGGUCCUGGCCUAUUACGGGGACCAGGCGCAGACGAAGCUCAAGGGGGUCAUUUACUUCCAGGCCAUCGAGGAGGUUUGGUACGACCCCGGCAGAGUGGCCGGAAAGAGCCCAAACCCCCGCCUGACCUUCUGCCUCAAGACCUACGAGCGGCUCUUCUGGCUCGUGGCUCCCUCGGCCGAAGCCCUUCGGAUCUGGAUGGACGCUGUGCUCACCCUCACCCGCGGAGGGGGGGCCUUCUGAGCCCCCCCAGAGCCUCCCCAGAAUCCCCCCGAAAUCCCCCCAAA